AUGAAAAUUCAUCCCUUUAAACAUAAGGAGGAUUUUGAGACUUUGCAUACUUGGAGUAGUUAGAGACAAAUUACUGAGAUGGGAUCUUAGGUUGUUUUAACUCAUGGGAACAGUGGGUUUUAAUAGCCAAUAAAAAAUAGCAAGAGAAAAUAUAGAGCUAAAACAGUAAAAAAUUUUAUACAAAUGGCCUCAACAACAACUAUCUCUCCAACGAAUUCUUAAAGGAUAGAUAAAAAGCUAUAAUUUUCUAAGUUAGUCAGAAAGAUUAUUAAUGCUCAGCACUUUAUAGAAGAGCUCAGAAAUUAUGCCGAUUAGUUAAGAAGCUAGAAUGUUCGUUAUGCUUACAAAAGGAGGAAUUUGUUACCUUUAUUUCCAGAUGAUAUCCCCUAUAUUCUUUGGGGAUUAAUUAUAAAUUUAUGCACUGAUUUCGCAGCGAUUUUAUUUCCUUUGCAAAUUGCAUUUGAUUUUGAAGGAGUUGGAAGUCAAUUGACCUUGAUAAUUUAAAUAAUAUUUUGGUUGGAUCUGAUCAUGAAUUUUUUGAUUUGUCAUGUCAACAAAUAACUAGAUUUGAUCUACAACUUUCAUGAUAUUGCAUAUCAUUAUGUAGGAAGCUGGUUUAUAUUUGAUUUGAUUUCAGUUAUACCAGAUUUUGGUAUAACUGGACUCAAAAUUUUAAAACUAAUUAGAUUAUUAAGAUUUUUUCUAUUUGAAAGAAGAGUUGCAUAUAAUCAAUCACUUGAUUUAUUAAAGUAGCAAAAGGCAAUUAAAGAUGAGUUGGUAGUGAGGAAUGAAUAUAAUUUUGAUUUAAGAUUAAAGAAGUUAAUGAAAAUAUUUUUAGAAAUGAUCGUGCUCAAUCAUUUAUUUGCUUGUUUAUGGUUGUGGGUUUGUAGAUUUAACUAGGAUACCAAUUGGUUAGAUUACUAUAAAAUUAAUGAAAAGGAUUAAUUCACACAAUUAGUAUGUGCAUUCUAUUGGGCAUAUUAAACAAUAACAGUGAUUGGUUAUGGUGAUAUAGAAGCUCAUAAUUCUGACGAAUACUUGCUUGUAAUAAUUUGGAUGCUAAUAGGUGUUGGAUAUUAUUCAUUCACUAUUGGUAAUAUAACUUUUAUUUUGAUUCAAUCCAAUCCAAAUCAAGAAUUCGAUGAUUACCUUUUUAAUUUGGAAGACAUAAGUUCUAAUAUGCCAGAAUGGAUACAAGAUGAUCUAUUUAGAUUUACCAAGUAUAAUAUUCAAAAUAAUCCUUUCUGGGCUGAUGAUGCAAAAAGGAUCCUAUUUGAAUUACCACAUCCAUUAAUCUUGAAUAUGAUGGCAUCAGUCCAUAAAGAUAUAUUCAGAACCAUUCCUUUUAUCUCCAAUGACAUCAACUUUUCUGCAGCUAUUCUACCAUAUUGCACUUUAGGCUGUUAUAAACAAUUUGAAACUAUAUAUCAUAUAGGAUAGAAUGCAAAUGAUUUUUAUUUUCUCAUUAAAGGAGAUGUAAGAUUAUGUGAUGCCAGUGGUGAAUCGAUAAUAAGAGUUAUGGAAGGAACAUGUUUUGGUGAAAUUGAAUCUAUUGAAUAUACUCAAAGAUGUUGGAGUGCUUUGGCUUUGCAGGAGAGCAUCGUCUUAAUGUGUUCUGCUCAUUUCUUUUCAUAAUAUCUACAAAACGAGUCCCCUUAAUUUUUUGAGUUACAAUAAAUGUACAAGAGAAGAAAAAUAAUAUUAUUUCAAUAAGCAAAAUUGAAAAGAUGUAAAUUUUCAUUAAUAAAAAGAAAAAUUAAACAAAAUUAGAAGAGGACAUGCAGUUAAUGA